GUGGCAUAUAAGAGUAUACCACUCUGCUGAGCCCCAGUGGUCGUCUGCGUCUCUUGGAGGGUCCUUGCCAGCCUGGUGGAGCAAGUGCAGUUUACCUGAGUUUACCUGUCCCUCGUUGACUCCAGUGCCUGAGGAUGGCCCUGUGGACCUCCACUCUGCGCCGCCUGUACCUCGGGGCAGGCCCUAGGCUGGUGUCAAGGGCCCAGGGCUCCCUGUCUGCCCCUCAACAAAAUGUUGGGCAAGAGAAGACGCCAAAAGUCAAAUUUGAUUGGCGGGAUGCACUUAACCUGGAAAGUCAGUUAACUGAGGACGAGGUAAUGAUCAAAGAUACCUUCCGGGACUACUGCCAAGAGAAGUUGAUGCCACGUAUUAUAGAUGCAAACAGAAAUGAAAAGUUUGACCUCGAGAUCAUGACCGAGAUGGGUGACAUGGGUGCAUUAGGACCAACCAUUCAUGGAUAUGGAUGUCCAGGAGUCUCAUCUGUUGCAUAUGGUCUCAUUGCUAGAGAAGUGGAGAGGGUAGAUUCUUCUUACAGAUCUGCCAUGUCUGUCCAGUCAUCACUUGUCAUGUACCCCAUCUGGGACUUUGGCACUGAAGAACAGAGGCUAAAAUACCUUCCUAAACUUGCAAAGGGCGAGUUAAUUGGGUGUUUUGGGUUGACUGAGCCUAACCACGGAAGUGAUCCAUCAAGCAUGGAGACUCGGGCAAAAUAUAUCCCAUCUGACAAAGUCUACAUUCUUAAUGGUUCCAAGACUUGGAUCACAAACUCGCCCAUUGCAGAUGUUGUUAUUGUGUGGGCCAAGUGUGAAGAUGGCCAAAUACGUGGCUUUAUCAUGGAGAAAGGCAUGCCCGGUCUCGUUUGCCCAAAGAUUGAAGGCAAGUUUUCUCUUCGUGCUUCUACUACUGGCAUGAUCCUGAUGGAGGAUGUUGUAGUGCCAGAGGAAAAUCUUUUACCUGGGGUUAAGGGUCUAAAGGGGCCUUUCAGCUGUUUAAAUAAUGCACGUUAUGGUAUUGCAUGGGGCGUCUUAGGAGCUGCAGAAUUCUGCUUAGACACUGCCCGUUGUUAUACAUUAGAUAGGAAACAGUUUGGUCGUCCUCUUGCAAGCAACCAACUUAUACAGAAGAAGCUGGCUGAUGCACUGACAGAAAUUUCUCUAGGCCUUCAAGGUUGCAUUCAAGUUGGUCGUCUUAAGGACGAAGGGAAGGCCUCCCCGGAAAUGAUCAGUCUCUUGAAGCGAAAUUCGUGUGGAAAGUCUCUUGAGAUCGCCAGACAUGCACGAGACAUGCUCGGUGGCAAUGGUGUCUGUGAUGAGUACCACGUUAUUAGACAUGUAAUGAAUCUUGAAGCUGUCAACACCUAUGAAGGUACACACGAUAUCCAUGCACUCAUCUUAGGCCGUGCCAUCACCGGCCUACAAGCAUUCAGUAGUGAUUAAGUUACAGUAUAAGUAAGUACCCUUCACAGUGUAGACAGUGCCACUGUAUACCCCUGUGGACAGUCAUCUUAAGAGCUACUGUGUAUAAUCCUCAUCAAAGAAAUUUAAUAUGUUAGAAUUUUGAGAAAGAUUUGAUGCCGCAGUGUAAAGUAAAAAUGAAGGUCGGCACAGCUUCCAAGAUGAGUAGUGACGUCUGAGAGAUUUUAAGAAAGGUUGCUCUUGAUCUGGAAUGAUGAAUGGUUUUGGGUUGAAGGUUUGAUAUAUUUGAUAUAUUUCUAACAUGGAGGCAAUGGUAAUAUUGAAUCAACUUCACACUGUUAUUACUAUAAUGGAAAUCAUAAUUUAACCAGGUAGUAUUGUGCACUUGUAAUGGUGUAAUGGUUUAAUUUUGUGUUUGGGAAUUACCUUGCUUGGAUUGUGUGAAUAGUAGUAGAUUUAUAACCAUUGGUGUAAUCUUAUUAUUUAUCAUUGGUAAACCAUUGAAUGAAGAUUGACAUGAUCUGUUCACAAUUUAAAAUAAAAUUUCUUUGAUAAGGUCACCUACUAACUUUUGUGUCUUUAUGGUUGCCUUCAUCAUUUUUCUAGCUGGAUAACGGGCAGAGUGUAGUUUUAAAAUAUGCCUUCGUGAUAGUCCGUAGCUGUCGUGUAUAGCUAUGCAGUCAGGUGACUCUGAUACCAUUGGCAGCAAUCAUCUGAUGUGUGUCUGCUCUUGUAUUGGCAGCUUGAAUGAUAUUGAGGACUAUUUGAUUUAUUCUUCACCACAGUGAUAGUCUUCCAGGCUUGGUGCCUUAUUUUGAUAACUAUUUAUUUGUUUCAUAGCCUUUGAUAUAUGUGAGAGACAAUCUGGAAAAUGUGUGUGUAGACCAAAAAUAACUUAAGCAGAAAUAGGACUGUUUUCCAGAGGUAUUCAGAUGUCCAUUAUUUUCCUCCACUUUAGCCACAUUUUAAAUGUCUGUUUAACCAUUGCAGUAGAAUAAUUCUGCCAUUUCUCAACCACAAAUAUUGCUGUACAGUACUUUAUAUUUAACAAUUUAACUCAAAUGAAUGAGGCAAAUGAUGGUUUACUUUACUUGAGUGAAGGUUUUUACAUUCAUGAGUUUGUUUGUGCGUGGUCUGGAUAAGACUCUCGGCAACUGGCCACUGGCAGGUGAAUUAGGACGAGUCUCAUAGAAUGGUGCUAUCAAUUAACAUCAUGCUACCGGGAAUUUCUCGCUUCCCUUCCAACCUGACUACAUAUACUGGAGUGAGUGGCAGGGUCGAAGGAGGCAUCGGAUUCCUAGUUCUCAGGGCCUAUAUUUCAGUUGCUUCCGAAUUCAAAAUUACAUUUGGAUUCUUCAUAUGGGGAAAAGAAUGCAUGGGGUGAAUCAUACUGCAAGAAUGUAAUCCCAAAAGUUCAUCAGACAAUGUAAUUGACAGGUGUCACAAGCCCAACAAGGUGCUGGGUCACAUGGCUGAACAGGGCUAAGACAUGGCAAAGGAUGGGUGAUACAAAGGAAAUUGUGAAGAGUAACAACAUGCAUUACACGCUAAUCAAACAAUAACUCGCACUGAACCGGUCAUCAAAAAUUGUGUACAUGUAAAUACUUUCUCUUAACAAAAUUAUGGUGCUAGAAACCAAAGCGUGUAGCUGUAAAUAUGCGUUCUUCGAACUCAGAGAUGCAAGGCUGACUGUUUGUUGAUUUAAUUUAAAGUAUUUUGGCUUAGUUGAAUAUGUAGUAAAUUUUCUUUUUUAAAUAUACAUGCUGGUCCUGUUUUCAUCAUAUACAAUUAGAAAACUGCACGUUGAGUAAUACCUGUAUUUCAGUUCAUGUUUGAAAUAAAGCUAUAUUAUUGGAGCCAUUUGAAAGAACGUUGAAGUAUUUUUUAUUAAGUAUUCUCAUUUGUAUGUUGUACAUCCUGUAUGUAAUAUAUGUAUAAGGUAGUAUAUACUGUAUGUAAUGUAUACUAACACAUUUAUAUAUUUUAUAGAUACUGUACAUAAUCACCUCUUGUAGAUAAACAGUUUUGUAAUAUUGAUGAUGGUUGUCAUAGUUGCAAGUUGUUACUGUGCCCCUGAAGGCACAGUGACACUGUUCCUUUAUAGAUGGUGCCUGCACUUCACUCCUUGUUAUUCCUGAGCCUCAAUAAAUCUAUAUUACAGGG